AUGGAUUGCAGGAGUCUCUCCUACUGCACGGGAGGCGCCGGGGUGCAGUGGGCCUGGCUCCUGUACACCAUAGUUCUCCCGAGCUCUGGCCUCUCCAGUCAUGUUAGCGCACCAAGGCUCCUUCCACUCCAUCAUCUGUGGACGGAGAUUUCCCACAGUGCCUUGGUGGUCUGGGGGCUGUGGCAUGGGUUCUUGCUGCUCUCCUUUCGGGCUGACUUGGUGCUGGGCACUGGAGUGUUCUGGGUGCUAGAGGGUCGCGUGUCCGGGGACCCCAGUCGCAGUUUCCAGCGCGACAAGUGGGCCAGCCUGGGGGAAAAGUGGAUUAGGCAGGGGCUCACAGGAUGCAUAAGUAUCAUCCGAGCAUACCAAGAUGGGACCAGCCUCCUAGGAAAUACCACCAGCUGGGAGCUUGUGGACUCUUUCUUCUUUCCUGUGUCCACCAUCAUUACCAUCGGCUUCGGCAACCUGAGUCCGCAGACCAUGGCCGCCCGUCUCUUCUGCAUAUUCUUUGCUCUCCUUGGUAUUCCACUCAACCUCGUGGUGUUCAAUCACCUGGGCUACCUCAUGAAGUGUGGGGUGCACGGAUGUGCCCACUGGCUGGAUGACAGUCGGCAGCUCCUGCUCCUGCUGCCUGUGCUGCUCUUCUCCCACAUGGAGGACUGGAGCUAAAUGGAGAGCUUCUGCUUCGCUUUCAUCACACUUAGCACUGUGGGCUUUGGGAACUACGUGCUCAGGAUUCUACCCUCUGUGUACCAACCCUUCAGACCUAGGGCCUCCUGGAACUGGGUCAGCGGCAGCCUUUUGGCCAAGAAAGCCUGA